UUCCAAUCAUCAAGAUUUAGAUGGUUCAAAACCAGUUAACGGGUAUUAAACUUAUAUAAAAUGGCUUACAGAAAAGGAAAAAGAAUUAGGAAUAUACCAGGGAUGGUACAAGCAACAAAGAGUCAAGAGCUGAGGCUACACAAUAAAGAGGACUGCAGUUCUCUCAUUUUCCUAUAUUACACUAACUUCUGACAUCAGUUCUGGCUGAGAAUUUGUGUCGUGGUUUAGGCAUGGAACUCGGUUUUAAGCACGAAGUCGGUGUGGUGUGUGCGAUAUUGCUCCUCCCUGCACUGUGUAGCUGCUACGAAUAUGCAACGAACUCCAGAGCAAGCUAUUACAGUAGCCCUGGUGGCUAUGGGAAUCCCAGGGGAGCUUGUGGAUACGGAGAAUAUGGAAUGACGAUGAACAAUGGCAAUGUUGUAGCCGUAUCAGGAGGACUAUGGCGGAAUGGAGCUGGUUGUGGUGCAUGCUACAAGGUAUGGUGCAAAAGGGCAGAAUACUGCAACGCGAAAGGAGUGUACGUGGUGGCAACAGACUAUGGCGAGGGAGACAGAACAGAGUUCAUAAUGAGCAAACGCGGGUUCUCAGAAUUGGGAAAGAACGCAGCUGCUUUUGCGAAACUGUUAAAGGAAGGGGUAGUGAAUAUUUCAUUCAAAAGGGUUCCCUGCACAUUCCCUUCUAACAUCAAGCUCCACGUCCACGAAAGCAGCAAAAACCCCUCCUACUUUGCUCUUGUGCUUCUCAACGUAAAUGGAAUGAGUGACAUCACUGCUGUAGAGAUAUGGCAGAGAGAGCAGAAACGAUGGGAGCCACUCCGCAGGGCCCAUGGGGCUGUCUUUGACUUUGCUAACCCACCCACCGGUCAAAUCCGUCUCAGGUUUCAACUUGGCUAUAAAUAUUGGCUCCUUCCCAAGAUCCCUAUUCCUGCUAACUGGAACCCUGGAGCUACUUAUGACUCCCAAGUUCAGCUUUAUUAGACAAAACUCAAAAUUUCUCACUUUCUCAACAACCCCAUCACCGUUAAUUUCACAUAUAUCUCCUUUCAUUUGUUUCUUAUCACUAUCUUACUCCCUCAAUCUUCUUUUUGUACUGCUGCCAAAGUCACUGCAAUAAUGGGGUUCCUCAACCUAACCAAUAAAUUUCCAUUCAACAUAUACUGCAUACUGCAUAUGGAAUGGA